CUCAUUUUUGCUUUCCCUUUACUACUCUCUCUCUCUCUCUCUCUCUCUGGUUUUCCUCCAUUGCAAACCAAGCAAUUUCUUUACAGCUUUACUGAUGUGCCUCUCAUUUGCAAAACCCUACCUACCAUUUCUCCCAUCUAACUCUGAUUCAAAUCCCAAUCAAAUAAGGGAACAAAGAUGAACUCUCCCCCCUCAUAAAGAUUGGAUUUUUAGUCUGCCAUUGUUUCCAGAAGUUAAAGAAAUGAGCUUUUCUCAUUUCCAUGAUUGUUAGUUUCACUUUUCUUGGCCCACUCCACACCACAACCUUCUACUUCUAAACUACUCCUUGCCCAGCUCCAUCUUUCUUUUGUCAUACUCUUUUCUCUCUCUCUUUUUUUUUUGUGGGUUAUUGGUAUUUCAUCUCUGCCUUGGCGCAUCUAUGCUCAUUGUGCAUCUGUUGAGGAAAAAAAGUACCCUUUCUUCGCUUCUUUGGAUUCUCAAGGAGGAAGAUCAGGGGGGUUGAAUUCAGAUCACUUGCCAAGGUCAGGCUUCAAUGAAGUAGGCCCUUGUUUGGGACUUACUGAGUGCGGAUUUACUUCGUUGUGCUGAAAUAUCAGGAAUGGCUUCUGGAAGCUUAAAUGCUGAGUUGUCGAAGAAGUAUGGGGCUCUGAAGCUUUGGGUUCUCAUAGGCAUAUGUGUGGGUGCGUUCAUAGUGCUGAUUUUGGGGAUCUUAUCAAUAUGGAUCAUGUUCCAACGGAGAUCUCGAAAAACCUUGGACAAGUACUCCUCUAUAUGCCAGAUUCCUAACAUCUCAAAAGAUAUCAGGGUAGAUAGAGUUGAGGAAGAAAGCACGCGCGAUCAUCCAGAAUCAUUAUACUUGACUAUUAACGAUAACCAUAGUGAUAAAAAAACGGAGAAGAUGUUAGUUCAUUUGGGUAGGAGUAAAUCAGGUGAUACUGAUAAUAUCAGCCAGACCAGUUCAGUUUACCAUCACGAGAGUGGUAGCCAUCAGUCUGGAGAGGAGGGGAGUUCUGGUAAUGGGCGUAAACAAUCUUCAAUGUCGUAUGGAAUUGCCAUGCCGUCUCCUUUGAUUGGUUUGCCAGAAAUAUCUCAGCUUGGGUGGGGCCACUGGUUCACACUCAGAGAUCUUCAAAUUGCAACGAAUCGUUUUUCAGCAGAAAAUAUCAUCGGGGAAGGUGGUUAUGGGGUUGUUUACCGGGGUAGAUUGGUCAAUGGCUCGGAGGUGGCUGUCAAGAAGCUUCUUAAUAAUCUAGGUCAGGCGGAGAAAGAGUUUAGGGUCGAAGUAGAGGCCAUUGGCCAUGUUCGACACAAAAACCUAGUCAGGCUUCUUGGCUACUGCAUAGAAGGAGUUCAGAGGAUGCUGGUAUAUGAGUAUGUAAAUAACGGAAAUCUCGAACAGUGGCUUCAUGGGGCAAUGAGGCAGCAUGGCUCCCUAACGUGGGAAGCCCGCAUGAAGGUUCUGCUUGGCACCGCAAAGGCACUAGCUUAUUUGCACGAAGCGAUAGAACCAAAAGUUGUACAUCGUGACAUAAAAUCAAGUAAUAUCUUGAUCACUGACGACUUCAACGCUAAAGUUUCCGACUUUGGUCUGGCUAAGAUGCUGGAAUCUGGAGAAAGCCAUAUCACAACGAGGGUGAUGGGGACUUUCGGUUACGUGGCUCCAGAAUAUGCAAACACCGGCUUGCUGAACGAAAAAAGCGACAUAUACAGUUUUGGCGUUCUACUUCUUGAAGCCGUCACCGGAAGAGAUCCAGUGGAUUAUGCACGUCCAGCCAACGAGGUUAAUCUUGUCGAGUGGCUUAAGAUGAUGGUAGGGCACAGGAGAGCAGAGGAAGUCGUGGACCCCAGCCUUGAAGUCAGGCCUACUAUCCGUGCUUUGAAACGUGCACUUCUCGUUGCGCUAAGAUGUGUAGACCCCGAGUGGGAGAAACGCCCCAAAAUGAGUCAGGUUGUCCGUAUGCUGGAAGCUGACGAUUUUCCUUAUCGUGAGGAUCGUCGGAAUAGGAAAACUAGGACGGUGAGUAUGGAGAUCGAGUCGUUGAAGGAGGCUAGUGGCUCGACAGAGCUGGAAAGCCGGGAGGAGCCCUCAGAGAGCCACACUUCCAAGGCAAUGGAUUGAAAGUUGAAACUGACUUUUUAGGCAUAAUCUCUCUCUACCAUUCACAUUUGUUAAGUUUGUUUUCUGGAAAGAUUCCUCCAGUGGCAGAGUGACUGAGAGCAAGCAGGCAUGGCCCAGUUUUUGGAAUCUUGAAUCAUUGGCAUCUUGUCUCCAGGAUCCCUCCAAAAAUAACGAAUAUGCGCUCCUCGAGUCGAGCUAACAUUGAUGUGGUAAGUGUUUAGGGUUCCGGUGGGCGGGCCAACGUGCCCAUUCAUUGUAAAAUUAUGGUUUAUAUCAUUUGAUCAUUCUAUUAUCGA